CAAGCUCCUGAGGGAAAGCAGUGCACAUCCCUGACAUUCAGCAGAUAGGACCAAUGAAUAUGUAGGCAAAAACCAUGCAGGGACCAAUGAAAAAUCACUGUGCACUGACUGAUAGAGGAGGAAAACAGCCAAUGGUGCUGUGCAUUACAUCUCAGCAUCACAGACCCUUUCCCAGCUGGCGAUUGUCAUGGGAAGGGAGUAGGAGGAAUGAGAUGUAUCAGAGAACAGAAAACACAGAUUAAUAACAAGGGGCAUCCUUUAACCCCUAAGGAAAAUCACCGCCUGCAAUAAGCUGACCGAUGGGAUUUCUUCUACCAUGGCAGCUCUAUACCAGAGCACCGACUCUUCCUCUCCAAAUAAAUCCUUGGCUUUAAAAGACGUCAGAGAAGUAAAGGAAGAAACCACUUUGGAUGAGAAGCUCUUCUUGCUGGCCUGUGAAAAAGGUGACUAUUAUAUGGUUAAAAAGCUCCUGGAGGAGAACAAUACAGAUGAGCUGAAUAUCAAUUCAGUAGAUGUCUUAGGAAGAAAUGCUAUUACCAUUUCUAUUGAGAAUGAGAAUUUGGAUAUACUACAACUUCUUCUAGAUCAUGGCUGCCAGUGCUACCAUUCUGGGGGUUGCAAGGCUUCUCCUAUACCGAGUCCUGACGAUGUCAGUGCUCUAGAGUUCAAGCGUCAGGGCUGUUUGUCCACAGAUGCACUGCUGGUGGCAAUUGACUCUGAAGUGGUAGGAGCCGUGGACAUCUUACUCAAUCAUCGUCCAAAAUGGUCUACAAGACCGACUAUUGUGAAACUCAUGGAGCGUAUACAGAACCCCGAGUAUUCUACUACUAUGGAUGUGGCCCCUGUUAUAUUAGCUGCUCACAGAAACAACUAUGAGAUCCUAACAAUGCUUCUGAAACAAGAUGUGUCCCUUCCAAAACCCCAUGCUGUGGGCUGUGAGUGCACCCUGUGUACUGCUAAGAACAAGAAGGACAGUCUAAGGCAUUCCAGGUUUCGACUUGAUAUUUAUCGGUGCUUGGCCAGCCCAUCUUUGAUUAUGCUGACAGAAGAAGAUCCUAUAUUGCGGGCAUUUGAACUCAGCGCAGACUUAAAGGAGCUUAGUCUUGUAGAAGUGGAAUUUAGGAAUGAUUAUGAAGAGCUUGCUCAGAAGUGUAAGACCUUUGCAAAGGACUUGUUGGCUCAGGCUAGGAACUCACGGGAACUCGAAGUGAUCUUAAAUCAUCAGUCUAGUGAUGAGCCGCUGGACAAAAGAGGACUUCUAGAGGAGCGUAUGAAUCUGAGCCGAUUAAAGCUGGCAAUCAAGUACAACCAGAAAGAGUUUGUAUCCCAGUCAAACUGUCAGCAGUUCCUCAACACUGUCUGGUUUGGGCAAAUGGCAGCCUAUAGGCGAAAACACACGUGCAAGAAGAUACUGAUUGUCCUCACUGUGGCCAUGUGCUGGCCAAUUAUGUCCCUGUGCUAUCUCCUUGCCCCAAAGUCACAGGUUGGACGUAUGAUCCACACACCUUUCAUGAAAUUUAUCAUACAUGGAGCCUCUUACUUCACGUUCCUACUGCUUCUUAACCUGUAUUCCUUGGUCUACAAUGAGGACAAAAAGAACACAAUGGGACCAGCUUUAGAGAGAAUUGACUAUCUGCUCAUCAUAUGGCUCAUUGGUAUGGUUUGGUCAGAUGUGAAACGUCUCUGGUAUGAUGGCCUGGAAGAUUUCCUGGAGGAAUCUCGGAACCAGCUCAGCUUUGUGAUGAAUUCCUUGUAUCUGGCAACCUUUACUCUGAAAAUUGUGGCUCACAGUAAGUUUCACCGCAUUGCAGAAAGGAAGGACUGGGACGCUUUCCAUCCAACUCUAGUGGCUGAGGGUCUGUUUGCCUUUGGAAACGUGCUAAGCUAUCUACGUUUGUUCUUCAUGUACACAACUAGCUCAAUCCUGGGCCCACUGCAGAUAUCCAUGGGUCAGAUGUUACAAGACUUUGGCAAGUUCUUGGGAAUGUUCCUCCUUGUGCUGUUUUCCUUCACUAUUGGUCUAACCCAACUGUAUGAUAAAGGUUAUACAACCAAUGAAGCAAAGGACUGUGUUGGGAUCUUCUGUGAGCGACAGAGCAAUGACACUUUCCACUCGUUUAUUGGGACAUGCUAUGCUCUGUUCUGGUACAUCUUUUCACUGGCACAUGUAGCUCUUUUUGUGACCAGAUUCAGUUACACUGAAGAACUGCAAUCAUUUGUGGGAGCGCUGAUUGUUGGAACAUACAAUGUGGUGGUGGUGAUUGUACUUACCAAGCUUCUGGUGGCCAUGCUUCACAAAAGCUUCCAACUCAUAGCUAAUCACGAAGAUAAAGAAUGGAAGUUUGCCCGGGCCAAGUUGUGGCUCAGCUAUUUUGAUGACAAAUGCACGCUUCCUCCACCUUUCAACAUCAUGCUAUCUCCCAAGACUAUUUGUUAUUUGUUCAACAGCAUGAGCAAGUGGAUCUGCUCUCAUACUCCAACAGGAAGAGUCAAACGGCAGAACAGCCUCAAGGAAUGGAAAAGUCUCAGGCAGAAGAGAGACGAGAACUAUCAGAAGGUCAUAUGUUGCUUGGUGCAUCGCUACUUGACUUCAAUGAGGCAGAAGAUGCAAAGCACUGACCAGGCCACAGUGGAAAACCUAAAUGAACUCCGUCAGGAUCUGUCCAAAUUCCGCAAUGAAAUGAGGGAUCUGCUUGGCUUCCGGACCUCAAAAUAUGCAAUGUUUUAUCCUAGGAACUAAAAACAUCAACACAAAGCAGACAUUCUUCCUGGCCAGGAGAGUGUUGUGUUGAUGUCUUCUUGCACUUGUUUGUGUCAGUAUUUUAUAGUCUCACACUUACGUAUUUAUUUACAAGUACAUCAUGUAUGAUUUAUUAUAGUUCAAUAUUACAACCUGAGUUUAACAUUUGUUAUUUAAUUAUAAAAUGUUAUUUUAUUAACAAAAUAUUCAUAUAUGCACAAAGCAUGUAUGCUGCCUGAUAAAUUUUUAUAACUAUGUUGACACAUUUUCAAUUUUUUUAAAUGUGAUCACUUGUAUGCUGCUAAAGGUCAGGUUAUAUAUACAAAAAAACACGGUUCAUACAUGCAGCUAAUGAAAUUGUAAUUAUCUAUUCAUCAUUAUUUAAAGCCACAGUCAAUAUAUUUAUUAAAGACAGUUUAUUAAAAUUAAUGAAAAUAGUAAAUAAUUUAAUAGUAAAUUUUAAUGUAAUAUUUAGAAUUAUCUGCUGGUUUAGAAAAUAAAAUCUGAUUAGUUGCCACAA